GUGCUGAUUCCACAUGAUUUGUAUUUUAUACUAAUGUUAUCCGUUGUGUCUCGAAUUUCAGUUCAAAACUAAUUUAAUUUUGCAUCAAGCAAUUACUAUAAAACUUGAAAUUUAUUCAUUGGAAUUUAUUGGAAGAGAAAAUUAAAGGAACUUUUUUUUUAUAUAUCCAGUCUUAACCUCGAAUUUGACCGUUUUUAGUGUCGCUCAAAGUUUUCUGUUCGUCGUGUAUUGAAAUGGGGGAAACUUCGAACGAAACCAGGAAACAAUUCGGCAACCGCUAUCUGACUGAAGAUGACAAUGUUUUUAAACACAAUGCAUGGGACGAUGUAAAGUGGGAUGAAGAACAGGAGAAGCUUGCUCUUGAAAGUGUGCAAAAAAAUUCUGCAAUAGUAAUGCCGACGGAACAAGUUUCGAAAUAUAUAAACGAAGCGGACACCAAUUGGAAUGCAUUUUACAAUCUUCAUCAGAAUAAGUUUUUCAAGGACCGUCACUGGCUUUUUACUGAAUUUCCGGAGUUAAAAACUUCACAUAGUACCAGCGAAUCAUUUAAUAUUUUUGAAAUAGGCUGCGGCGUGGGAAAUACCAUCUUACCAAUACUCAAAUAUAACAAUGACGACAAUGUGCAGAUAUAUGGUUGUGAUUUUUCUCCUCGUGCCAUUGAGAUCCUACAAAAAAAUGAGAAUUUUGACUCAAAACGCUGCCAAGUUUUUGUAUUGGAUGCAACAAAUGAAAACUGGCAGGACAGUCUGCCGUUCGGCGAAAAUUCCAUUGAUAUCAUUGUCAUGAUUUUCGUAUUAUCUGCAAUAAAACCUGAAAGAAUGCAAACCGUCCUCGAAAAUUGUUUCAAGUACUUGAAACCCGGUACUGGUCAAGUGUUGUUCCGAGACUAUGGCCGAUAUGAUCUUGCUCAAUUACGGUUUAAAGCUGGCAAAUGUUUGCAGAAUAACUUUUAUGCUCGUGGCGAUGGCACACUAGUUUACUUCUUCGAUCAAGAUGAAAUUCGAAUGCGAUUCCUUAAUGCCGGAUUUGUUGAAGGGCAGAACAUAGUCGAUCGACGGUUGCAAGUGAAUCGAGGCAAGCAGCUAAAAAUGUACCGGGUGUGGAUUCAAGCGAAAUAUAGAAAACCAAAUGAGUGAGUUUAAAAAAGAUUCCAACUGAAGAUUCAUCAAUAAGAUACCGCCGAAAAGCCUAUAUUACAUUCAUACCUAAUUUUGUACAAAACUUUCUUCUACUUCAUUUGUCAAAUAAAACUUAAGGUAGGAAUGAGGAAAAAA